AUGCUUCAACAUCGGAUCGCCCUGAAGGGCAUUCGAUUGCCAUUCCGAUGCAUGUCUUCGUCUUCUGUGCGCGCCAAUUCUACAGGUGCGCGGCAACAAACAGAGCCUGCCUCAAGCUCCGACCUCGAUCCUAGCCUUGCAUUCGCUCCUCCUCCUAUUCGCCUGGAUUCUACCAUUAACAUGCGAAAAUACACACCGCGUACGCCUGGUCUUCGACACUUGCGAAGGCCCGUAAAUGAUCAUCUGUGGAAAGGUCGGCCGGUACACAAGUUGACAUUUCCAAAACGUGGACACAGUAAGGGAGGUAGGAAUAACACGGGCAGAGUUACCGUGCGGCAUCACGGUGGUGGACACAAGCGCCGUAUUCGAAUGAUCGACUUCAAACGAGAUGCCCCCGGUCCGCAUCUUGUCGAGCGCAUUGAACAUGACCCCGGACGGAGUGCCCACAUUGCACUGGUUCGCAGCAAAGAAACACAAAAGUUGAGCUAUAUCGUGGCUGCAGACGGUUUGAGGGAGGGCGAUGUUGUGCAGAGUUACAUGGCUGGUAUCCCUGAAGACCUUUGGAAGAGCAUGGGAGGGACUGUGGACCCCGGUGUGAUGGCUGCCCGAACUGCCUGGAGAGGCAACUGCUUGCCUCUACAUAUGGUUCCUGUUGGAACACUGAUAUUCAACAUCGGACUGCGCCCAGACGGCGGUGGACAACUUUGCCGUAGCGCUGGCACGUAUGGGACGCUCAUAUCCAAAGGUGUCAACCAGGUGAACGCGGCCGACAAAGAAAAGCAGGAAACCCAAAGUGAAACAGAUGAACAGAAGCCGUUGACGCAACGCGAAAAACAAGUCCGGGAGCGCACCCUUAACCAUGUCACUAUCCGGCUUUCCAGUGGUGAGGUCCGUAUUAUCCAUAAAGAUUGCUGUGCCACUGUUGGUGUCGCUAGCAACCCGAACUAUAAGUACACCCAACUGGGAAAGGCAGGUAGAUCGCGCUGGCUUAACAUCCGGCCGACAGUCCGUGGUCUUGCCAUGAACGCCGCUGACCACCCUCACGGUGGUGGACGUGGAAAGUCCAAGGGUAAUGUUGACCCGAAGAGUCCUUGGGGUCUUCCGGCGAAAUCUGGUUACAAGACUCGGCCCAAGUGGAACGUCAACAAGGCUGUUGUUAUCCCCAGAACCCGCAACCAGGGCAAGCGCCGCAGAGGAUACCACUAG